CCCCGCCCCCCGCCGCCGCCCCCCGGGUCAGCGAGCGGAAGAGCGGCUGGAGCCGUUCUCCGACGGGCAGCGGGGCGCUCGGCCUCCAAGUCUGCGCUGAGCGCGGCGACGCUGCUACCCCGAAAUCCUCGUGGAUCUUGAGGCGUAUGGAACCUCAAGGUCUUUGUGACAAUGGAAACCAAAAAAUUAAUUGGUAAACCGCUUCAACCAGCAAGACCUGUUCGUCAUCUGACCUCUCCACCCGGAGCAGUGUUCCCUUUCAGCUUUCAAAAUGAAUAUCCAUGCAACACUCAGUGCAUACAAGGUGGAGUUAUUAGCAGAUGUAAGACGAAUGGAAUGCAAGCCUUUUCACAAGGUCUUAAUGAACAGCAGCAACAUCAGUCUCCAGUUAAAAAAGAGAGAAUUAAAUACAGCAGAGAUUUCCUGUUGAAGCUCUCAAGUGUUUCCAUCUGCAGAAAAAAACCAGACUUUCUGCCUGAUCAUCCCAUUGUACUGCAAAAACCAGAAAACAACCAAAGUUUUAAGUAGCAUUUGAAGAACAGAUGAAUAUGAAGAUAAAGAAUUAUUCAUUUUAUAUUUUGGACAUCUGUAAAUGAGGUGGAUCUAGUAACAAUAACUGUAAUGGACUGUGACAAUUCAAUUUAUUCUUACUUUUGAUGGUUGGCUAUUUGACAUCUCUAAAAAUGAAAAACAACUAUUUUAAACUAUAAAGAAUUUUCUAAUCAGUUUCAGCUUUGCAGGCAGUUUCCUGCAUAAAUUGGGAAGUAACACGGGAAAGUAAGAAUUUGGUUAGUGAAGUGGUAAGACUGUAUUUAUAAUUUGCAUGCUAUUUGCAAUUUUUUGUUUUUCAUCACUUGUAAUAAUGGAAUGGAAAUGUAAGUUGUAAAGACUCCCAAAUAUAAAAUAUUUGCUACAGUGUAUAUAUGGUACAUAAUUUUUUGCUGCUUUUAAAGUUGCUUUUGUUGUUCUGCUUCCCAUUGAUUUCAUACCAGCUCAUGAAUGGAUCAUUACAGUCUCUCCAGAGGCUUAGAAUGAUUCAGAAUGUUCAAUGCAUAGUUCUCAAUGACAGGAG